AUAAAUCCCUUCGUCUCUGUCAUUAUCUACACAACCAUCAUCCUGGGGACCAUAAUUGUAAUAACUAGCUCUCACUGACUAUUAACUUGAACCGGGUUCGAAAUAAACAUGCUAGCUAUUAUCCCCAUCAUAAUGAAAUCACCCAACCCACGAGCCACAGAAGCCUCCGUUAAAUACUUCAUAACCCAAGCCACCGCCUCCAUGCUACUCAUACUAGCAGUCAUUAUCAACCUACUAUACUCCGGACAAUGAACAGUCAUAAAAAUACUUAAUCCAACAGCAUCUAUAAUUAUAACGAUAGCUCUUGCCAUAAAAUUAGGACUAUCCCCCUUCCACUUCUGAGUCCCUGAAGUAACACAAGGCGUCCCCUUAACAGCAGGCUUAAUCUUACUGACAUGACAAAAACUCGCACCCCUAUCCAUUCUCUACCAAAUCUCCCCAUCAAUCAAUCCAAACCUAAUCCUAACUAUAUCAAUGCUAUCCAUCCUAGUCGGCGGAUGAGGCGGGCUAAACCAAACUCAAUUACGAAAAAUCAUAGCGUACUCAUCUAUUGCCCAUAUGGGGUGGAUAGCAGCCAUCCUAAUCUACAACCCAACCAUAACCAUCCUAAACCUAACAAUCUACCUCAUAACAACCUUCACAAUAUUUACAAUAUUCGCACUCAACUCAACCACCACUACCCUUUCCCUAUCACACACAUGAAACAAAACCCCCAUUAUUACAACCCUUAUACUCACUAUUCUACUAUCAAUAGGAGGACUACCCCCACUAACAGGCUUCGUGCCAAAAUGAAUAAUCAUCCAAGAAAUAACAAAAAACGAUAGCAUUAUCCUACCCACACUAAUAGCCAUCAUAGCACUCCUCAACCUAUAUUUCUACAUACGACUCACCUACUCUACAACACUAACCAUAUUUCCUUCCUCAAACAACAUAAAAAUAAAAUGACAAUUUGAAGCCUCAAAACACAAAACACUCCUGCCAACAAUAAUCAUCCUCUCCACCAUACUCCUUCCCCUCACACCAAUACUAGUAGUACUAGACUAG